AGUCUGCUAGAAUGUAGUGUUAAACCACCAUAUCACAUCACAUCAUCAGUUAAGAUCGGAUCUGUUUAUAAACAAGAUUAUUUCCGAGAAAAAUAAAUUAAACUGUUAAUAUUUUGUAGUUUAAUUCAAUUUUGAAAGAGUUCAUGUGUAUACGUCUAUAUAAUUUAAGUUAAAAAUUUUAAAAAGUUUAAUUUUGACAUUAAAAUAAAAUAGAGUGACUACAUCUGUGACAUUUGUAUAAGAUAAUUAAAAAUAAGCUAAUUGAAGUUAUAAAAUAAUAAAAUAUGAUCCGUCGCUUACAACCAUUGGACGAUGUUCUCGGAAAAGCUCUACCAGAACUUACUGAACCCAUAUUAUUUCAGAAUAUGCUACAAAAGUCUGAUGGUUCGUAUGAAUGGAAAUUACUCCAAUGGAGUUUGACAGAGUUUGUUGAAAAAUUUGGCGAUAAGAAGCUACCAUUUCGUGUUGGUGAUCAUAACAAGCGUACAUGUAGUCUUCAACAUGAUCAUUGGUGUGUAAGCCCUCCUGCAAAACCUAUUUACUUAACUAUGCAAGAAUUUACUAACUUAGUAAAAGAAGAUAAACCGAAUAAUAUGUGGUAUUAUUGUGAUUAUAAGCAUAUAAAAGAGUGGUUUAAUGACAAGACGGAAAUUAUAGAAUCUUUCAACUGGCUUAAAUUUGGGAUUGAUGAAGAAUUUGGAAAAAAUGGAAUGUAUUCCACUAUUUGGAUUGGAAGCAAAGGUGCUCAUACGGAUUGUCAUUGGGAUACAUAUGGUUACAAUCUAGUGGCACAGAUACAUGGCAGGAAACAAUGGUUGCUUUAUCCACCUGAUGCUCCUCUAAUACCAGUUAGACUUCCCUAUGAGGAAUCAACUGUAUAUAGUAGAUUUAAUAUUUAUUGCCUAAGUGAGGAAGAGAAAGAAUGUUUAUUGUCUAUACCAAACAGACCAAAAUUGAUAACCUUGGAGCCUGGAGAUGUCUUAUUUGUACCUAAUGGUUGGUGGCAUUAUGUAGAAUCUUUAGAUGAAUUAAACGUGAGUGUUAAUAUAUGGGGAAAACUGAAAACAGACAGUAGAGCACGAGUCGAGGAAGCUCUGGUUAAAUUGAUAGUAGCCAAGAUGGCAGACUAUAAACAAUUUAGGAUUAAACGAAGUAAUUAUUAUACAACAGAAGUUGAAUGUGCUAUUGAACAUGCGCAAGACGAGGAAAAAGAAAGGAGAUGCAAAUUUUUAUCAACUGCUAUGAAAAGACCUAAACCUAUGCCAUCAUGUGCAUCCGAAUUAGCCGAAGAAUAUCCUUAUUACAUCAAAUUAUUACCUGAUGCAGACGACCAAAAACUUAAAGACUUCAUAGAAGAGAGACGAAAAAGAGAUAAAGAGAAAUAUCCGUCAGAAGAAACAACUGCAUCUGGCGAUUAUAUUCCUAAUCCUCAAUAUGACUCAUUCUUUGAAUCUCUUAUUAAUGCCUUAUGUCAUCCAGAAGUUAUUAGUAAAGCAGCGAAAAUAUUAUUAGAAAGACAUUAUUAAUUAUUACUGAUUAAUAAUAAUACUAAUUAACAAUUAACAUUCUAUAUAAAUGUGAAAUUAUAUAUGAGAUAAUAUGAAUUUUUUUUAUUGCUGUUAAUAUUAUAUACAUAAAUCAAUCAUGUUUUAUAAUUUGAAAACUUAACUGUGAAUCUUUAAUUAUUUUAACAAGAUAUGUUUAAUUACAAGAAUAAUCUAUUAUCAAUCGAUAUCUUGAAUUUUUAUUCUAUAUUAUAUAAUAAACAUGUAAAAUAUUACGUAUUGUAUACAUUGAUUUUUUUUAUAAUAACUUCUCAGUAUUGUAAGUUAUACAUAUGAUCAUAAUCUCAUGCUCAUUGUAAGAAAAAAAAAAAAUAUAAUUUUGAUUUUGGAGAAUUGAAA